AUGUCUCGCUUUUUUGGUAAAUCCGACUCAGAAACUGAGACUUCUGAAUCCGAAGAUGAAAUUCAAGUCAAACCGCCUGCGAAAACAUUUAUAGCUUUGAGUGAUGAUGAUGAAGAGACAAGGAGGGUUGUUAAAAGCACUAAAGACAAAAAGUUUGAAGAGUUGCAGACGAUCAUUACAAAUUUAAAAAACCACAAAAAGAUUAAAGAUAUGUCAAACGUUUUAACUGGCAAUUUUUAUCGCUUACAUUUAAAAGAUUUUGAAGAUUUAGGAAAGGCGUUUGAAAAAGCAAAAAAGAUAAUAGAAAAAGAGGGCAUUCCUAGAUUUUUCAUCAGGAGUUUGGUUGAGUUGGAAGGUUUUGUAAAUCAACAUUGGGAUGAUGCAGAAGGCAGAAAACUACUGAGCAAAGCGAAUUCAAAAGGACUGACAGCCUUGAGACAGAAGUUGAAAAAGUACAACAAAAACUUUGAAGAUAAAUUAGCUAACUACAGGGAGAAUCCAGAUGUGGUUGGUUCAGAAGAUGAAAAAAGUAAAGGUUAUAAUAUUUAUGAUUCAUCAGAUGAGGAGAAGAAUGAUGAUGACGAUGAAAUCAUUGCACCCCCAAGCAAGGGUAAACAAACUGUUGCUGAUGAAAAAGCCAAAAAUGAGGAGUCAGACAGUGAUGACAUGUGGGAGCAAGAAAGUAGUUCAGAGUCUUCUAGCUCUGAUGAAGACAUUCGACCACUCAAUCAACUGACUGCUGACUAUUUUAGGAAGAAGGUGCCACUUGAAGGUGAAGUUGAAAGGAAGAAGAAGGAAAAGGACGAAAAGAAGAAAAAAGCCAAAGUGAAAAUUGAGGAAGAAAGUGAUGAUGAAGUGGGAGAAUGGGAAAAGGUCAAACCUUCUGCUGCUGUUGUAGAGAGGCCAGAAAUUUUUGGUAAAGAUGUUGAAAUAACGCACGAUGUUGUUCGCAAGAAACUGUCGGAGUUGGUAGCAGGGAGGGGUAAGAAGGGCACGGAUCGUUCCAUGCAGAUCGAUUUGCUGAUCGACCUGAGGAAGAUUGCCAAGGACCACAACCUGGGUGAGCCUCUCGACUGCAAGAUUCUCUUCUGCAUCAUUGCGUCCAUCUUUGAUUACAAUCCCAGUGUAGCAGCCAGCAUGAAGGUUGAUAUGUGGGAAAAGUGUCUGUUUUACAUCAAGGAGUUACUGAAGAUAUUGAAUGACAAUAUUGGAGUAAUUAUUGUUGGAGAGUACAUUGGUGAUGAUGCUGAGAAUGUUAUUGGGCCCAAUCCCCCAUACAAACUUCGUGGCUGCAUGUUGACGACUGUUGAGAGGAUGGAUGAGGAAUUCACGUUGAUGUUGCAGGCUUGCGAUGCACAUAGCACGGAGUACAUUGAAAGAUUGCGAGAUGAAACAACAGUCUGUAAGAUCAUAGAAGACCUUGAAAGAUAUCUGAAGGGUCACUCAACUGAUGAUGAACUCUGCAGAGUCUUUCUUAAAAGGAUACAGCAUUUGUAUUACAAGUUUGACCCAAAAUCUUUUGGAACUGGUCCAGAGACAUUAUCUGACCCGAACAGCAGUCGAGCAGUGAUGGAUCGACUGUGCAAGUUCAUAUAUGCGAAGGACACAACAGAUCGAAUUCGAACGAGGGCCAUCCUCUCCCACAUCUACCACCAUGCUCUGCACGAUCGGUUCUUCGAGGCACGUGACCUCAUGCUCAUGUCUCACCUACAGGACAACAUUCAACACUCAGACAUACCCACUCAGAUUUUGUACAACCGAGCGAUGGUUCAGUUGGGUCUGUGUGCCUUUAGACAAGGCAUGAUCAAAGAUGCCCACAACUGCCUGGUGGACAUACAGAGCUCAAGGAGGGCAAGAGAAUUACUUGCACAGGGCCUACUACCACAGAGACAACAUGAACGAACACCAGAGCAAGAGAAGAAGGAAAAAAGGAGGCAGAUACCAUACCACAUGCACAUCAAUCUGGAACUUCUCGAAUGUGUCUAUCUGGUCUCAGCGAUGUUGAUCGAGAUCCCAAACAUGGCAGCUCAUGAAUUUGAUGCUCGUAAGAGGAUGAUCAGUAAAAACUUCCAUCAUGUUCUUCGUGAAAAUGAGAAGCAGACUCUCGUGGGUCCACCAGAAAACAUGCGAGAACAUGUUGUGGCUGCGUGCAAGGCAAUGAAGUCGGGGGAUUGGAAGGCUUGCUACAACUACAUCGUCAAUGAAAAGAUGAAUGCUAAGGUAUGGGACCUAUUUGCAAAUUCUGAUGAUGUUCGCAAGAUGAUUGGAUUGAAGAUUCAAGAAGAAAGUCUGAGAACCUAUCUGUUCUCAUACAGUUACAUUUAUGAGUCAUUGAGUCUUGAUAACCUCUCACACAUGUUCAACCUCCCAUCAUCCACUAUUCACUCCAUUGUUAGCAAGAUGGUCAUCAACGAUGAAUUGCUUGCAGCAAUAGAUGAACCAAGCCAAACAGUGGUCAUGCACAAAACAGAACCUUCCCUCGUUCAAUCACUCGCACUUCAACUAGCUGACAAGUUGUCGCAGAUUGUCGAGCACAAUGAGAGGUCACUGGACUUGAAGAUCACAGGACCUAGCUACUUCAACUACCAACCAAGACCUCAAUAUGGAGCUCAGAACGCUGGCUCCUAUCAACAGAGGGAUGGCCAGCAACAAAAUUACAUUGGUCGCCGCCAAAAUCAAAGAGGCAGGGAUGGUGGUGUUAGGUUUCAGAAUCAAUGAAUGAAUUGUCGCUUUACUGUUUAUUUUAUAAUUUUAUUUAAUUAAAAGCCAUUUAAUUAUAAUUAAAUUGAAAUUCAACUGAUAAAAUUAAAAUAAGGCUAUCGGUUAUUUAUCAUUGAUCAGAUUAACAACUUUUUAAACUCAUAAGACGUGUAUGUAUGUGUGCGUGUGGUGUGUGUGUAUGCAUACAUAUUUUCAGUUAAGUUUGGUACUGAUUUAAAAAUCAUUUCUUAGGCAAUGUAUUAUGUAUAUAUAUUUAUAUUAUAUAUAUAUUAUACAUAUAUUAUAUAUAUAUAUAAAUAUGCGGAACUAUUUUAUCUGUCAUUAAUUUUUGUUUGGUUACGAUUUCUUAUUUGUUUAUUAAAAAUGGUCAUAAAGGUAUAAAGGUUGCUGAAUGACGUUAUUUAUUAAUAGUAUUUGUUAAUUAUAUUCUUUUUGUUAAAUUAAUUUUCAAUAAAAAUUAGUUUUAUUAUGUUGAAAUUAUUUUAUUUAAAAAGUUUUAAUGAUGACGAUGAUGAUAUAUAUAUCUUUAGCUCUUGGCUUUUAAAUAAAAUUGAAAACAGUAAAAUCUGG